AUGCCUUCAAGAUAUUAUGAACCAACUGAGGGAACAUCAAGAGUUUAUUCACCAGUACCUCCAAAUUAUGAAAAGCGAAAAGAUAGUAAGUUACCUGAAGUCUGAAAAACUCAUAAACUAAUGUUUUUUUUCCCAGAAACCUAUAAAUAUGCACCAUCAUCUACAGAUAUGUACACGUAUACCACAAAUACAGAAAGGUAGGCUGUGUUCACAACAAGACUUCCAAACUCGAGAAUUUCAGAUCAGUAGAAACAAAAGGUGAUAGUGGAUGUGUGGCUUGGACGAAAUAUGGAAUUUUCACAGCGAAUAUUGUGUUUCUAACAGUUGGUGGAUUAUUGUUAGCAAUGGGUGUUUGGUUGAGAACUGAUAGUCGGUUUAGGAAUUUUAUUAGUGAGAGGUAGGGUUUUGAAAAUUUUUAAAUUUAAAAAAUGAACAAAAAAAUUUCAGAUAUCGACAAGCAGUUGAAGAUGCUUUCUGGGAAGCACCAACAUUAUUCAUAUUUUCAUAUAUCAUAAUAGUUAUGGGAGCUGUAAUGAUAGUUGUGGCAAUGUUAGGUUGUUGUGGAAUCAGUGGAAGAUCUCGAUUAUUUUUGGUGAUUUAUGCGAUUCUCGUAUUUUUAUUAUUCGUCGCAACAAUUAGUUGCGGAGUAUUUUUACUUUAUAAAAAAGAUGGAAUUGAUGUUGAGUUAUCGGAUGCGUUGAAUUAUAUGGUUCAACAUUAUUAUCAAGGACCUGGUGUUGUUCAGGAAGCGCUUGAUAAAUUGCAGACUACUUUUAGAUGUUGUGGUGAGUGCCGGAAGAUUUUUUGGAGAAUUUUGAAAUUAGUUGAUUUUCAACCUCAAAUUUUUCAGGAAACGCCGGAUGCUCUGAUUUCCGAGUGUUCCGACAAGAUAUUCCUAGAUCUUGUGAUAUACGUUGUGAUGGUUGUCAUUAUAGGUAAGCCCUCUCUUCUCAUUUCCAGACCAAACAUUUACAUUUUCAGAAUUAUGAUAGCACUUCGAAUCGGAUUUUCAGUCACACUCAUUGUAUUUUUCGCCGUUGUUCUCUGUCAACUUUUGACAAUAAUUUUCGCUCUUUAUUUUGUCUUUGUUCGUGAAAAAGAGAUUCGAAUCGUAAGUUAUUUUCCAUUUUUUUUUUCAACAAAAUUUUGCAAAAAAAAAAAAUAAGUGCAAAGUCCCGUCAAUCAGAUAAUAUUUUGUGUGUGUGUAUUAUAUAUGUAUAUAAAAAUGAAAGUUGAUGAUAGAAAUAAAAGAUAUGGGCGAAUUCAGGUAUACAUUGAACGGCCGACACAACAAAAUCGACGAGGAGAAGCCGGAUUGACCCGAGAUGCACUACGUCAGCAUGAUUUACCACAAGCGUUGAGAAAUCAGCGGAAACGACAUUAUUAUUGA